AUGGAGGGUCUCCACAACCUGCUCGCGCGCCCCAACUCCGCGCCGCUCGCCUUCUCCCCCCCGCGCCCGCGCCCGCGCCGCAGGCCGCCCGUCGCCUGCCGCGCCGCGAGCCGCUGGGCCGACCGCCUCUUCGCCGACUUCCACCUCCUCCCCACCGCCGCCGCGCCCGAGCCGCCGGCCGCGGCCCCCGCCGGCGUCUCCGCGUCCCCCUGCGUCCCGCUCUUCCCCGACGCCGCCGACCGCUCCCUUCCCCUCCAGGUCGACUUCUACAAGGUUCUCGGCGCGGAACCGCAUUUCCUCAGCGACGGCGUCAGGCGGGCCUUCGAGGCGAGGGCGGCCAAGCCACCGCAGUACGGCUACAACACAGAUACCCUUGUUGGCCGUCGGCAAAUACUGCAGCUUGCACAUGAUACUCUCACAAACCAGAGCUCCCGCACCGAGUAUGACCGCGCGCUCUCUGAGGACCGUGGCAUGGCGCUCACAUUGGAUGUUGCUUGGGACAAGGUUCCGGGUGUGCUGUGUGCCCUUCAGGAGGCUGGGGAGGCACAGGCAGUGCUCGCAAUUGGAGAGCACUUGCUGCAGGACCGCCCGCCCAAGCAGUUCAAACAGGAUGUGGUGCUGGCAAUGGCUCUGGCCUAUGUGGAUCUAUCAAGGGACGCAAUGGCGGCUAGCCCACCAGACGUAAUCCGCUGCUGUGAGGUGCUUGAAAGGGCUCUCAAGCUCUUGCAGGAGGAUGGGGCAAUCAAUCUCGCACCUGAUCUGCUUUCACAAAUUGAUGAAACUCUGGAGGAGAUCACACCUCGUUGUGUUUUGGAGCUUCUUGCCCUUCCUCUUGAUGAAAAGCACCAGAGUAAACGCCAAGAAGGUCUUCGUGGUGUGAGAAACAUUUUGUGGAGUGUUGGUAGAGGAGGUAUUGCUACUGUUGGAGGAGGAUUUUCGCGUGAAGCCUACAUGAAUGAGGCCUUUUUGCAGAUGACAUCAGCGGAGCAGAUGGAUUUCUUUUCAAAAACGCCAAAUAGCAUACCACCUGAAUGGUUUGAAAUCUAUAGUGUGGCACUCGCAAAUGUUGCUCAAGCAAUUGUAAGUAAAAGGCCAGAGCUCAUCAUGGUGGCAGAUGAUCUUUUCGAACAGCUCCAGAAGUUCAAUAUAGGUUCUCAAUAUGCUUAUGAUAAUGAAUUGGAUCUUGUGUUGGAAAGGGCACUUUGCUCAUUGCUUGUGGGAGACAUUAGCAACUGCAGAAUUUGGCUUGCGAUUGAUAAUGAAUCCUCACCACAUAGAGACCCCAAAAUUGUAGAGUUUAUUGUGAACAACUCUAGCAUUGACCACCAGGAGAAUGAUCUUCUUCCAGGCCUGUGUAAGCUUUUGGAGACUUGGCUUGUCUCAGAGGUUUUCCCUAGGAGCAGAGAUACUCGAGGCAUGCAGUUUACACUUGGAGACUACUACGAUGAUCCACAAGUUUUAAGCUACCUAGAAAUGAUGGAAGGUGGUGGUGCUUCUCAUUUGGCUGCUGCUGCUGCUAUAGCAAAACUCGGUGCUCAAGCUACAGCUGCGCUUGGUACCGUGAAAUCAAGUGCUAUCCAAGCAUUCAACAAGAUUUUUCCAUUGAUAGAACAGCUAGAUCGAUCAGACAUGGAGAAUCCUAAUGAUGGCCCUGAGGAAUCUGUCAAUAAAUUUGACCAGAAAACUAUUAUGGGAUUUGAUAUCCGUGAUUCCAAAAAUGCUGCCCUGAAGAUUGUCUCUGCCAGUGCAUUAUUUGCUCUGAUGACAGUAAUAGGCAUGAAGUACUUGCCUCGUAACAAGGUGCUCCCUGCUAUUAGAAGCGAGCAUAAGUCCAUGACAGUUGCUAAUGUUGUUGACUCAGUUGAUGAUGAUGCACCAGAUGAGCCAAUACAGAUUCCUAGAAUGGAUGCGAAUCUGGCAGAAGGUAUUGUUCGCAAGUGGCAGAGUAUCAAAUCCAAGGCCUUGGGAUCAGAUCAUUCUUUGGAAUCAUUGCAAGAGGUUCUUGAUGGCAACAUGCUGAAGGUAUGGAGGGACCGAGCAGCAGAGAUCGAGCGCAAAGGCUGGUUCUGGGACUACACGCUGUCCGACGUGGCGAUUGACAGCAUCACCGUCUCCCUGGACGGACGACGGGCGACUGUGGAGGCGACAAUUGAGGAGGCAGGCCAGCUUACCGAUGCAACCGACCCCAGGAACAACGAUUUGUACGACACUAAGUACACCACCCGGUACGAGAUGACCUUCACUGGACCAGGAGGGUGGAAGAUAACAGAAGGUCAUGCGCCAGCCUUGGAGACUUGGAGUUGGAGGACAAUAGCCUAG